CAGCAAGCCUUCCUCUUCUGUUCUGAGAAAGCACACACAAUGCUGCAAGCAACUGGAGAAUACUUCUCAAUUCAUCUGGAGCAAGCAACUUUUGGGAAUUGUUUCUGAACUCGCUUUGCUUUUCCCUUUCUAAGAUCAGCACGCCUGAAGGGUAGCAAAGGAAAACUUAUUUAAAAGGAAUGAGACCAAGUGAGAAUAUUUAAAGCACUUCACUUUCUAAACCUUCUGAUUUCAAACAGAGGCAAACCACAGCUCUUCACUUUAAAUUCAUGCUCUUAAAGAAUGACUUCGCUCGCUAUCUAAAAAAAGGAUUCUUUCAACGAGCCAGUCUUGGAUCCCCGCUUUUUUGUAGUGACUCCUGGAAGAAAAGAAUGCUUUCCCUUUGAGGAACCAGACUUCAGCUUUACAGCCAAAUUUCAUGUUUUUUCGGGAGAUUUCUGAGGCAAAGGAUAUACUUAUGAAGCCAUCCAAAGACCCAAAACAUUUGCAAAUAAAUUACAGGUUAUAAAGUGAUCAUCAUUUGAAUACGAAAAGGAGGAAAAGGACACUGCUACAGUUAGGAUUUCUACAUUGUAAAUCUAAAGCACCUUUAUAAUGGUAAGCACUAACAGUUCCAACUGUUCCUAUGAUGACUCCUUUAAGUAUACUUUGUAUGGGUGCAUGUUCAGCAUGGUGUUUGUGCUGGGGUUAAUCUCGAACUGUGUGGCCAUGUACAUUUUCUUAUGCACACUCAAAAUGCGAAAUGAAACGACUACAUAUAUGAUUAAUUUGGCACUGUCGGAUUUGCUUUUCGUAUUUACCUUACCUUUCCGGAUUUUUUACUUUGCUACCCGAAACUGGCCUUUCGGAGAUGUACUUUGCAAGAUUUCAGUCAUGCUGUUUUAUACAAAUAUGUAUGGAAGCAUUCUAUUCUUAACUUGUAUCAGUGUAGACAGGUUUUUGGCUAUUCUCUACCCAUUUCGAUCCAAGACUCUCCGAACCAAAAAAAAUGCAAAAAUCGUUUGUUUUUCUGUGUGGCUGACUGUGAUAGGUGGCAGUGCACCAGCAGUCUUUUUUCAGUCUACCCACUCUCAGGGCAAAAACUCGACUGAAGAAGCGUGCUUUGAAAAUUUUCCGGAAGCCACGUGGAAAACCUAUCUCUCAAGGAUUGUAAUUUUCAUCGAAACAGUGGGGUUUUUUAUUCCAUUAAUCUUAAAUGUAACCUGUUCCAGUAUGGUGUUAAAGACUUUAAAUAAACCAGUUACUCUAAGUAGAAGCAAACUCAACAAAACUAAAGUCUUGAAGAUGAUUUUUGUUCAUUUGAUCAUAUUUUGUUUCUGUUUUGUACCAUACAACAUCAACUUGAUACUAUAUUCUCUUAUGAGAACACAAACGUUUGUUAACUGCUCAGUGGUGGCUGCAGUCAGGAUUAUGUAUCCAAUCACUCUCUGUAUUGCAGUUUCAAACUGUUGUUUUGACCCUAUAAUUUACUACUUUACAUCGGACACUAUUCAAAAUUCAAUAAAAAUGAAGAACUGGUCUUCCAGGAAGAGUGAUUACAGAUUCUCUGAAAUUCAAGGAACAGAGAAUUUUAUCCAGCACAAUCUGCAGACUUUGAAAAGUAAAAUAUUUGAUAAUGAAUCUACAAUAUAAAAUACAUGAACUGUAGACUACUGGGACUUAACUGACUGGCACUGCCACAACUGUGAAAAGUGUUUUCUUGUAAAAACUAUUUCUCCAUUUGAUAGAGACAUUUAAAACAUGAACAGUGCUUUAAACAGCUAAAGUUCUUAGCAUUAAAAAAAAAAGAGAAAAAUAUGUAUUAUUAAAAGUAUAUUCUGUUCUUGGUAUCUUCUAUAUUUGAUGAUCUAUUUUUCUAAGCUAUUAUGGUUUCAGUACCUCCUCUUACAGUUAAAACAUUCUUUAGGAAGUUGUUAUUUUUAGCUCACACAACAGAUACAUCAGAGUCCAAAAGGGUUUUAUGAUUUAACAAAUCAUAAGUACUGGCCAUCUGAAUUAAUUAUCUUAGCCCAGUGCCAUAUAACCUUCCAUCAUAAUACUAGAUCUAAUGAUAUAAGAACAUAGGAGACUGAGAUCUGAAAAAUAAUGGCAAAAAAAGCAGUACUAAUAAAGAUACUAGAUUUCAGUUUGGAAUUAAAACUGAUAAAUACAGUUCCAUUAGGUAUCAGUUUAGUUUUUCUUUACAAAUCAAUUCAAAAUAAUUGAUUCUUUUGUGAAAUGGUUUUAAAGGUUUUUAUAUUUCUAACCAGGAAAAUUUAACAUAAAAUUUAUUCUCUAGUAGCAUGAAGAUAAGCUCAAUUUGAUUAAGGUUUAAUCUUGUUUAGGAUUAUAGAAACUAAAAAUUGAAAUCAAGUAGUAUGGUUUUGUCUUCGUUUUACAUACAAAAAAGUGCCAUGUGGUUUUAAAAUAUUUCUAGCCAAAUUACACAUUUUGCAAUUUGAUAAUAAGUUCAAGGUUCAAACUUUCUUAUGGGAAAAAUAUACAUAUGUGAAUAAGCACCACAAAAUAGGGGUGGAGGGAAACAUAAAAAAAAAUUUCUUCGCAAACUAAAAUCCUUGUAAAAUGCUUUUGUUAAUAUCACAAUUUGUAUUUUAAGUAUUUUAUACAAGAGAAAAAUACUAAGACUCAUGGAA